AUCUCGACUGAUCCAAAAUAAAAAAAAAAUAUAUCAAAAGCUAAUAAUAUAUCUUUACAAAAAAAAUAUAUCUUCAUUAAAUAUAUCAAAAACUAAUUAUAUAUCUCAACAUACCUAAAAUUUAAAUUUUUAAUAAUUAUACAAAAUGUAAAUUUUCGAUAAUUAAACUUCUAUCGGGCGGGAUCUAUGUUGUUUGCCAAAUUGUAAACCCAAACUCCCAAAGCAUGAAACUGGAUUUGGGCUCUAAAUCAUUGGCUGGUUUUUGGGCUGUGUGAACCUGGAAGGCUGAAGCACAAGAAGAAGACACCCAUUAACAGCUCCCAAAGCUUGAGCAAUGUUGAAAAGCUCAUCGUUGUUGCUUCCUCGUUUUUCUUUAACUUCUCCAUUCUACAGACAAGUUGAGACGUUGUCUCGUGAGUAUGGCGGCCCUAGCAAGACAUUGAAGAAGAAAAUUGCAGAAUUGAAGCAGAAGAAGAAACGAAAGGAUCCUCAGAAGAAUGAGUUGUUUGUACAGGUUCCAGAUUCAAGAUCAUUUCUUGAUACUGCUACUAUGCCCAUGAUACUCACUGUCGUUGGCACCGCCCUUUUCGCUAAACUCCUUAUGAUGUAUGAUGAUUCGAAGUCUCAAGAUACAAUUGAGCGAAAAAUAAAGAAUGCGCCUGCUGGUCAAGGGACAGUUAGGAUGCUGACCCGCGAGGAAUGGGAAUCAGUUCAGGAAGUGCGGCCAAGGACUCCAUUUGAAUCUAAACUAGCACGUCCAAAUGCAAGGCUAAGGACAGGGGAACCUCUGAAGAUGGAAGAUGUCAAGGAUUGGACAAUAGAUGUUAUAACCGAUGCACUAACACGAGCUGAAGAAUGUGCUAAACGAGGAUCUAACUAGCUUUUGAGUUGAUAAUAUUGGUCAGCAGUUACAAUUAGAUCUGCUUCUUAUGUAUCGGAAAGGCUCCUCAACGUCAGCUGGUCAUUUCAACAUACCAUCUUUCUAUUACCGGAAGUGGAGAAAUGCUGUUUUUCUUACCGUACAGCAAUGCUAAGCUUAUUGCUACCUGAGUGUACUGUGCAACAUUUUAGAACUUCGAAGAUCUUAACGUAUAGUAACAUACUCCAUUGUUGUGAUAGUUCUCUUUUACAUUAUUGGAAAUGUAAACUUUGGUCAACAUACUGAACAUUUCCUUUGAACCAUAUGCCAGUAAAUAUUGGUCUCCGAA